CGCGCUUAGCGAUAGCAGUUGCUGUUUUCUCUCCACCUCAAACGGGAACUAUCAUCGCGACCGCGACGUACUCGGUUGAUUAUUGGAACUUUCCCGCGAAAGUUUUUUUUUUUUUCUUACAAACCUCUAUGUAUCUAUGUGUCGUAUCAAAAAGAGUUUAAACUUUUUUAAUGGGGGAAAUAUUAAUUAAAACCAACCUUAUAGUUUGUGUCGAUUCUAUUCAUUAAAGCUCUUAUAAUUAAAAAAAUAAAGAAGAUAAACCGAAAAUGUAUCUUGGAAAUGACUAAUCCAACACGAUCUUUCUGAUAAAACUUGAAUUUUUGUUUUUGCUUUUUCGUUUCAAUUUGUUUCUUAAAUUGUUGGUCUUUUUUGUGUCUGUUAUUUGUUUACAAUUUCAAUUAAGUUUAUAACCAUACAAAUACUUGAGUGUAAUUGAAGAGCAGUAAAAUAUUAAGAAGAAUAAAACCCUCGUUUAGAUAAUUUCAAUUUUUCUCUAACGUGUACCGCUAUGCGCGCCGCCUCCGUCGCCUGCCGCCACUGCCACCUUGUGCGAGUAUAAUAUCUGUGAAAUAUCGUUUUUUCGCCUUUCAUCCAUAUUUAGUAUUAUUAUAAAUAAAAAAUGUAAUCUAUUCGAAAACUUAAAAUAGAAAAGAAAGAAAAAACGGGAUUAAAAUUCAAAGUUAUCAUUUUUGGUCCCUCCCGCCCUCUCCUACCCAUCCAUUCAAUCAAGAAAAAUUAUGAAUUUAAUUAACGAACAAUCAGUGGCAACAAGUACUAGUACGGGCAAGGAAUUAUCUCCAUCAGCUCAAGUUCGUCGAGGAGCGAGAUCGUGGUGUUUAGAAUCGAAAUCGGAAUCGGAAUCAGCAGCGUCCAGAGACGACGUAACAACAGAAAACACUACAAAAGCAACAACAACAUCGCCAACUGUUGACUUUUUAGCUUCUACAACAUCUUCGUUGUCAUCGACAUCAACAUCGUCGUCUUCGUCGUCGUUGUCGUUUGCUUCAUCGCCGUUGUCGUUGCCGUUGCCAUUGUCGUUGUCAACGUCGUCGUCGUUGUCUUCAACAUUUGAAUCCGCAGCGUUGACAUUCUCGACUUUAGUUCGUUCAUCAUCAGCGGUUGAAUCAAUUAAUAGACAAAUUGAGAAAAUUUCCAAUAAAAUAAGUUUUAGUGAUGCUGCCGAUCAAAUCAAUUUAAUCAGCAAAAUGCCCGCAACAACAAAUGGAAUUGUCAAGCCUUUACCAUCAUCAGCUGCUAGCAAUCCACUCAUCUCAAAGUCAGUCCUACCCACAACAACAACAGCAACAAAAAAUGUUAAUUUCGAUAAUGUCAGUUGUAGUGACGUCAGUGAUUGUAUAAAGAAUAAAAAUGGCGAAAUUAAAAUUGAUAAUACUACAACAACAACAACAACUACUACAACAACAAAAACACCAGAAAAAGAACGAAAAGUUGGCUGUGAACACUACAAGAGGCGUGCAAUGUUUGUGACUCCUUGCUGUAAUAAAUUUUACAAAUGUCGAUAUUGUCACGAUGAAAAUGAAACUCAUCAUUUUGACAGAAAAACGCUUACAGAAUUGAUUUGCGUCGAAUGCAAUACGAGGCAAAAAGUCCAAGAGCAAUGUGAAAAAUGUAGAGUUCGAUUUGGAAAGUACACUUGCCUUAUAUGUAAUCUUUUUGAUGAUGAGGACAAGAACCAAUACCAUUGUAAUGGAUGCGGCAUAUGUCGAAUUGGUGGUCGGGAUAAUUUUUUCCAUUGUGAGGUGUGCAAUAUGUGCCUGCCUAUUGAACUGAAAAUUGAAGGACAUAGAUGUGUAGAGAAUAUAUCGCGAUCGAACUGUCCAGUUUGUCUUGGUGCUAUUCAUACGUCACGGAUACCUUGCCAUAUUCCAGACUGUGGUCACUUACUGCAUAAGAUGUGCUUUGAUCAACUACUUGCGUCUGGACACUAUGUCUGCCCCACUUGUCAGACAUCACUGCUUGAUAUGACCAAAAUGUGGGAGUAUCUAGAUACGCAAGCCUUACUUAUGACUAUGCCAAAGAAGUAUGAAAGUCAAAGGGUGUACAUAUUUUGUAAUGAUUGUCAUGACACUUGCAAGACAAAAUUUCACUUUGUAGGCUUAAAAUGCAUCCACUGUGGCGGCUAUAAUACAACGCAAGAUGUCAAAAGACGAAUGUCAUGGGCGAAUGUUGAUAGUUCAACGUCAGCCUGACAUUUGCUUCCAGUUCUAAGCCAAGGAAAUCACUCGAGUUAUGUUUCAUAUACUUUAUUUGAGUGCUUGAAAAAUCAAGGGCAUAAAGAAUCUUUUCCAGAAUCAGAAUCUAUUGCAUGUUUGUGUAUUAAGUUUUAAUCAAUUAUAAAAUAGUAUUAAUUUGUAAUAUUAUAAUGUAUAACAGUUUAAAAUUUUAAAAUUAAAUUCCUGUAAGACCUCAGUAUAGUAAAAUAAAAACAAAUCAAUAUAUUAUAUAGCCCUAGGAAAAGUUAUUAUAAUUAUUUUAUAGAUUAAAAGAACAAGUUAAACUAUUAUUAAUUAAAACAUUCAUACAUACAUACAUAAAUAAAUAUAAUUAUAAUAUUUUUCUAGUGUUAAAUAAAAUUUAAAA